UGUUCCAGCCCCUCCCGUUCUUGUCUUCCCCAGUCUUGAGCUAAUGGGUAAGCAACGAGCUCCCAGGCAAUCCUCUCUUCAAUCUUCAUAGCUUCCAUCAUCUCAAAUCGAAACACCGAGGACCAAGAAAGAGAAUGGCCAGCAUAAUCUUAACCUCCCUUGCCAAACUCACCACAAAAAUAUUAUCCUCCUUUGGGUCCUCGCCAGCCUCCAAUGUAGCAGAAGAGCUCGACAAGCUUAUGACCACGGUUGCCGAGAUCAGAUCCCAGAUCGCUGAUGCGGAGAAGAGGGAGAUAAAGGAGGAGUCCGUCAAGCUUUGGCUCUUUGAGCUCAAACAAGUCGCGUAUGAUGCUGAGGACAUACUCAGUGACUUCGACUAUGAGCUGCUGCGAGUGGAAAUGGAGCGUGGCCUCCAACUCGAUACCCGGAAGAGGAAACGGGAGGCACCCAAUCCAUCCUCAUCAUUUUUCACUCAAUUCAAGAGGCCAGCGCAGACUGCUCGACCUCCGCCGGCCGCAGUCGAGGAGAUGGACGCAGCUGACGAGCCUGUCAAGCUUUGGCACUUCGGGGCCAAACAAAUGGCUUAUGGUACGGAGGCCAUGGUAGCCAGCAUCGACUAUGAGAUGAUGGCCGUCGACAUUGAUCAAAACCUUCGCAUCGGCGCCGACACUGAAAUGCGCGAGGUAAAUCAUACCAACCCUUCUCUUGUAGCAUUAGAUGCUCCAUUCCAGCAUGACUUGUUGAGAAGGAUAAAGAUGGUUAUGGAGAGGUUUGAUGAGAUUAACAAAGAUCGAGUUACACUCUGCUUGAGGGAGGAAGAAGGUAUCAGGAGAGCUGAAACCAACAUUAGACGGUCCACCUCAUUAGCAGAUCUCUCAGAAAUAUAUGGUAGAGAGGAUGAUAAGAACAGGAUAGUGAAUGCACUGUUGUCAGCUGAUGGUGAGUCUGAUAACCACGCUAUACCUGUUGUUUCUAUUGUUGCCAUGGGUGGGAUGGGCAAGACAACCCUUGCUAAGCUUGUCUAUAACGAUAAGAGAGUGGAACAACAUUUUCAAGUAAGGUCAUGGGUCUGGGUGUCUGAAGUUUAUGAUGAGAUUAGGCUGACAAGAGCAAUUAUCGAGUCUGUAACUGAUCAAAUAUGCAACCUCAGGAAUCCUGAUGAACUUCAGGAUGAACUGAGCAGAGUACUUUCAGGGAAGAGGUUUCUGCUUGUAUUAGAUGAUAUUUGGAACGAGGAUCCGAUCCAUUGGGAAACACUACAAGCAUCCUUAAUUAGUGGAGCAAAAGGGAGCCGAGUCAUGAUCACCACCCGAUACGAGAAUGCAGCAUCGAUCAUGGGCGCACAGCCGUUUCUUCGCUUAGGUGGUUUGGGGAGAAGUGAUUGCUGGGCCUUGUUCUGCCGGCAUGCAUUCUAUGGCUACCAAGCUGCUGCCUCACCAAGCCUGAUAGCAAUUGGUUGGAAGAUUGUGGAGAAGUGCAAAGGUGUGCCUUUGAUGGUGAAGACACUUGGGGGUCUCUUAUCUUCUGAAACCAGUGAAGAAAACUGGGAUGAGAUUUUGACGAGUGAUGUAUGGGAUCUGGACGAGGGUGAAGAGAGCAUCCUGAGGGUUCUAAGGUUGAGCUAUCAUCAUUUGCCUGCAGCUCUCAAGCCAUGUUUCACAUAUUGUGCGGUAUUUCCUAAAGGCCAUGAGUUUGAGAUGGAAAGACUGGUCAGGAUGUGGGUAGCACAAGGUUUUAUUCACACAGAGGAUACCAAGGAGAUGGAAGAAACAGGGCGUGCAUAUGUUGACGAUCUACUAAGGAGGUCAUUGUUUCAAGAUCCAUCUCACUUCGAUUAUAAGCUCAAUUUCACAAUGCAUGAUCUCAUCCACGACCUGGCAAAAUCCAUAGCAGGAGAAGAAUGUUCUAUAAAAGAAUAUGCAGAAUCACAAGGCAUUACCUGGAAUAAAUAUGUCCGCCAUUUAUCAAUUGUUGUAAGCAAUGAACUAUCUGUGUCAUUUGAGCAAGGUGAAGAGCAUGAUGCAUUAAGGUCGCUCUUGCUACAUCCAGGUUGGCGCACCAUUUUUCGGCUCGAAAGAGAUUUUUUCGCGAAGCCAAGAUUGCAACAUCUUCGAGUACUCUGCUUAAAUCGCAGUGGAAUCGCCGAGGUGCCAGAUGCAAUAGGCAACCUAAAACAAUUGAGAUAUCUUGGCCUCUCUGCUACAAGGAUUAAAAGGUUGCCAGAAUCUUUGUGCAACCUGUAUAACUUGCAGACGCUUGACCUCCAAUUUUGCAACAGCCUUGUGGAGUUGCCAAGAGACAUCAAGCAUUUGAUUAACCUGCGUCACCUUGUUAUCCACAAUAAAUUUACUGCUCCAAGUUCUGUGAGUUUUUUUUUCCGGGGUGAGAAACUUAUGUUACCACCAGGCAUUGGAAGACUAACUAGACUCCAGACACUACCACUGUUCACUGCGAGCGGAGAGGAAAGAUAUGCUGGGAUCGCAGAACUGAAGGACUUGAAUGAUCUCCAAGGAAAGCUUUCCAUAGUGGAUCUCCAUAACAUAACACAUGACCGCAUAGGUGAAGCCAAGGAGGCAAAACUAAGGCUCAAGGAACGCCUCAGCUGGUUGGUUCUAAAAUGGGACAAUUCUAUGAGUUUCAUUGGUUCAAGGAAUGAGGAUGAUGAGGUGGUGCUUGAAAGUCUCCAGCCUCACACCACCAUCCAGCGCCUCGAGAUAGAAGGAUACAAGUGGUGCAGAUUUCCCACCUGGUUGGGGAAUCCUUCCUUCUCAAAUGUAGUAGAUAUACAGCUUUCACAUUGUGUCAGCUUGGAGCAGCUCCCAGCUCUUGGCCAGCUUCCAUCCCUCAAGGUUCUCGAAGUGUUCAGCAUGCAGAGUUUGCGACGAAUAGGCCAUGAGUUCUAUGGAGACACAAAGGUGACAUUCCCCUCACUCCAAAGACUACUACUCAAAAUGUUGCCAAAAUGGGAAGAAUGGUUGCAUGUACCAGAAGAGGGACAUGCAUUUCCUUGCCUUCAGGAUCUUGCAAUCUUGAAAUGUCCAAAAAUUACAUCGCUGUCUUUGUUCGGCUUUACUGCACUGAAGAAGCUUCAGAUUGAUCAGUGCGAAAAGCUUGCAGUGAUCAAUGGUUUAGAUAAGUGUUGGUCAGUGUUGAAACAGAAGCUUGACCAUCCACAUUCAGAAUCUUUAAGAUGUGGAACAUGUCCAGACCUUGAAUAUUUGGAGGAGCGGCGGUUACCGAUGGCACUUGAGACUCUGGAUAUUACUGGAUGCCCAUCACUCACCAAGUCUUGAAUUAGUUCUGCUAAAGAGCUAUCAAAAUCCUCAUGACAGAGGAAGAAUUUGGACAAGAGCAAAAGAUUAUAACCUCAGAGAAAUUCCUGAUGCAAGUGCAUAUAUAACCUGUGUGCCAGGACCUUGUGGCCUCUCUUGUGUUCUGAUAUGGAUUGGUCCACAUAAGAUAAGAGGCGUGCAGUCUCACUAGAAGAGGCUGUGAUUACAAUAAGUGGAACCCCGAAAGUAAUUGGUUGAGAAGAUCAAAUGAUGGCUGUCCUAAUCAGUUAAAUUGUAGUGUUUGUGAUGUAAUUUAGUAAGGAAUGAUUCUGCUCGGAGUCGUGUACAUGUUUUAUGUGCCCUUAACAGUUCUUUAUUUUCAAGAUCUCAAUUCAUUAGCCAAUCACUUUGCAGGUUCUUCCCAACAACUCAAAUUUCGAUAGAAUAUACUGCAUCUGCAUUUGUCAUGAGCUACUAAAAGUCAACCUUGCAACACAAUUUCAUUGUCCUUUUUAUAUCUGAAUUGCAUAGUUGAAAGAGAAGAUGUGCGCAGAAGAGAGCUCUGUAUGCGUGACUGCUUCUUUGGCCUUUCCUUUUUGUUUUCUCUAUUCCAUUCUCAUGCAAGCAUUUGAAAUUUAGCGAUAAAAGUGCUUGUAUACUUCUUUUUGUAGAUCUUAACUCUUUGAGCAGACACAUUCCAUGCAAUAAUGAAUGAGAUCAUUAUGGAAAAUCCUAAUUUUAU